CCUCCUCCCGCCCUCACUCCCUGGCCGGCAGGGGGCGCUGGGCAGAGGCGGGGCGGCGCGGGGACUGGCCGCGAUGGGACCGGAGGCGGCGCAGACAAAGGCGCGGGCGGUGCGGGGUGCGCUGAGGGCGCCGGCCGAAGGCAGCGGCGGCGGCGACGUGGGUCAUCUGGAGGACCUGCUUGGCCUGAGCAUCCCUGGCUGGAUCAAUCAUUGCUCAUCAGCCCCAUCUCUCCCCAGAGACCUCUCUGGGUGCCCCUUAGAUGCCAUCCAGCUCAGCCUGACCAAUGUCCACAGCCAGAUCGACCCUACUACCAAGCGGAAUUGGAUCCCAGCUGGCAAGCACGCACUCACUGUGUCCUAUUUCUACGAUGCCACCCGAAACGUGUACCGCAUCAUCAGCAUCGGGGGUGCCAAGGCCAUCAUCAACAGCACAGUCACCCCCAACAUGACCUUCACCAAAACCUCUCAGAAGUUUGGGCAGUGGGCAGACAGUCGAGCCAACACUGUCUAUGGCCUAGGCUUUGCCUCUGAACAGCAGCUGACCCAGUUUGCUGAGAAGUUUCAGGAGGUGAAGGAAGCUGCCAGACUGGCUCGGGAGAAAUCUCAAGAUGGUGAAUUCACUAGUUCUGCCCUGGCCCUUGCCUCUCACCAGGUUCCCCCAAGUCCCUUGGUCAGCACCAACGGUCCCGGAGAGGAGAAGUUGUUCCGCAGCCAGAGUGCAGACGCCCCUGGCCCCACCGAGCGAGAGCGCUUGAAGAAGAUGCUGUCGGAAGGCUCCGUGGGCGAGGUCCAGUGGGAGGCCGAGUUCUUCGCACUACAGGACAGCAACCAGAGGCUGGCAGGGGCCCUACGCGAGGCCAACGCAGCUGCCGCGCAAUGGAGGCAGCAGCUGGAGGCCCAGCGUGCAGAGGCCGAGCGCCUGCGGCAGCGGGUGGCGGAGCUGGAGGCCCAGGCGGCUGCAGAGCCGGUUCCGGUGGGCGAGAAGGAGGUUACCAGCCAAUCCGUGGAGCAAAUGGAGGCUCAGGUGCAGACCAAGGACCAGGAGAUCCAGACUUUGAAGAAUCAAAGCUCAGGAACUCGAGAAGCUCCUGACACUACUGAGCGGGAGGAGACACAGCAGAAGGUUCAGGACCUGGAAUCACGGAAUGCAGAGCUGGAGCAGCAGCUGCGGGCCAUGGAGUGCAGCCUAGAGGAGGCUCAGGCUGAGCGGGAGCGCGCGCGGGCAGAGGUGGGCCGGGCCGCGCAGCUCCUAGACGUGCGACUGUUCGAGCUGAGUGAGCUGCGUGAGGGCCUGGCGCGCCUGGCAGAGGUGACACCCUAGUUGGCCCUGGUGGGUCUGCGGCCUAAGGUGCCCUGGCAGGGGACCAGGCUGCCUCUGAGCUUUGCACUGUGUAGUUUUCUAGAAUCCAAGAGUGGCGCUGAUACCCAGAUUACAUUUCUACGUGGCUGUACAAGCACGCGGUGUUGCUGGCACCUGUUGUCGCUAGCUGCCACCGCCCUGCAUCCCAGAGAUGCAAGGGAGGGCCGCGGUGGUCAUCCCCAAGGGGCAAGAGAGGCCUUGGGGACCAGAGACCCGCAGGCCAACACCCAUCCCGCCCCAUUCUCAAGUAGGACUGGCAGGUUCAAAGAGUGUUUACUGAGGUCCUCUGUGGCCCACCCAAGGGCCAGCGGCUGCAGGUUUGCACUCAGGUCUGGGCCUUGUCCUGGGUAGACACCGGAAGCCGAGGUUCAGGAGGACGAGCCCCUCGGCCUGUGCUCCCUGCUUUUUGUCGCCGAAGCGUCUGCCCCACUUUCUCCUUAAAGCGCCGAUUCUGUUGCUUGAUCUUGGCCAGUUCUGCCUUGCGCUUGGCCUCCAGGUCCGGGUCCUGAGGAAGGGAGCAAGGCCGGUUGAGAUCCUGAGAUCCCAGCAGAGCAGCUUCCCAGCGACCCUCUCGGCCCCUAAGCCCAGCCCAUCCAUACUGGCUACACCCCCUGCUUAGCCCUGCCCCUUGGUCUACCUUCCCCUCCAAGAUCAGCUGCUUCCGCUUAUUGAUCUCCUUCUUUUCAUCGAAAUGCGAGGCCUCCAGUUUCUACGGAGAGGGUACAGGUCAGGGCAGGCCCACGGGGCAGGGAGCCCCGCUCCACAACCUGGUGGCCACACUCACAAUCUCGCACUCUCUGCGCACCACGUUGACCUGCGUGAGGAUUUUCAGGACCUCGGCCUCCUCCACAGCCAGCUCCUCCAGCUGCUUCUCUGCAGAGCAGAUGUGAGAGGAGACAGGCAACACUGAGCUGGGCUGAGUGCAACUGGCCCUUUGAGCCCCGAUUCCAGAUGUCUGGACUGAUGACAUUCGGAAAAAAGUGCCAAACUUGGUGGCAGAUGUCUGCCAUUACAGCACUGGGGAGGCUGAGGCAGGGGGAUCACUGUGAGUUUCCAGGCCAACUCUGUAGAGCAAGGAUCUGUCUCAAAUAAAUGAACGAGUAAAUGAAA